GGGCCGAUCCCAGAUUCGUCUCCCAUUUUCUCUUUCUCUCUCCUCUCCCGCUGUUUCUCUCUCUUCCUAGGGAGAGAAAAAAUAAAAUAAAAUAAAAUACAAGUUUCCCUUCUCUUCUCUGUUCACGAUUCUCGCUGAAUUCCAAGUUCUUGACUUCCACAACUGAUUCACUGCACGCUCGCUACCCAAUAUUUCCAACUUUAUCAAAUUCUAUUCCGUUUUUUGAUAGUAGUCCUUUACCAAAACUUGCAUAAAGGGAAAGAAGGUAAGUCUAGGCUUGUUGUAAUGGGGGCCUCAAGCUCCAAAAUGGAUGAUGAUAAGGCACUCCAGCUGUGCCGUGAACGGAAGAAAUUUGCUAGGCAAGCACUUGAUGGCCGUUGCUCAUUAGCAGCUGCUCAUGUUUCAUAUGUCCAGUCACUGAAAAGUACAGGAACAGCCUUGAGAAAAUUCACUGAACCUGAAGCACCAAUUGAAUCUUCCUUAUAUACUUCCACUAAUGCCACGCCAGAGCCACUCGAGAAGACCAUGUCCCAGUUCUCACUCUCUUCUCCAUCUGUGUCACAGCACAUUGAUGCUUCUCCAACUCCCUCUCCUCCUACCUUUAGUAAAUUCCAAGCAAAUCAUAUGAAAUUUAGCAGUAAUUCUUCUAAAAAGGUUGAAGAAAAACCACCUGUACCUAUAAUAGGAACGGUAACAUCAUCAAGUGCUCCACUACAUGCCACUCCUCGAUCUACUGAAAGGUCUGAAACAUCAGCAUUUGAUGAUUCUUCUCUUCCAGCUGGAACUCCACCAUGGGACUUUUUUGGUCUUUUUCAUCCAAUUGAUAAUCAAUUUUCUUUUCAAGAAGGAAAGGUCAUGCUCCAUGAUACGGGGAAUGCUGAUGAUAUAACACUGCUUAGCGAGGAGGAAGGAAUUCCUGAGUUGGAAAAUGAUGAGGACAAGAUUUCUUCUCAUGGAAGUGAAGACUCUCUGGAUUCUGAAGAUGAAUUUGAUGAUGAGCCUGCCACAGAUACCUUAGUCCGAAGAUUUGAAAACUUUAAUAGAGUUAAUGAUCACGUUCAAGCCAAUGGUUUUCCUGCCACAAAUAAGCCUCUGACAGGGGAUUCAGCUUCUGAAGUUGAAUUUGUGAAUGGGGAAAAGGGGAGCUCUCCUGAAGUAUCACCAUUAAAGUCAGCUUCUAGAGCAGUUGUAGUUCCAACUGAACCAAAUAAAUCCACGGUGAAAGAAAAUGAUAGUGAAAAUAAAGUUGUCCCUAAGGAUUUCUUUUCAAGCAUGAAAGAUGUUGAACUCCUCUUUGUUAAAGCCUCUGAAUCUGGUAAAGAGGUUCCAAGAAUGCUUGAGGCAAAUAAAUUGCACUUUCGUCCUCUAUUUCCAGCAAAAGAAAAUAAUUCGGGGCCAUCCUCAUUUUUGAAGGCAUGUUUUUCAUGUGGGGAAGACCCUAGUCACCUUCCGGAAGAACCUGCACAAAACUCGGUUAAGUACUUAACUUGGCAUAGGACGAUGUCAUCUCGAUCCUCUUCAUCCAGAAACCCUUUGGGAGCGAACUCAAAAGAUGAUAUAGAGGACCUUACCAAUAAUCUCUUUGAUAAUUUCUGCAUGAUCUCUGGAAGUCAUGCUUCAACCUUGGAUAGAUUAUAUGCAUGGGAAAGGAAGCUCUAUGAUGAAGUCAAGGCUAGUGGGGUGAUCAGAAAGGAAUAUGACAGGAAGUGUAAAAUCUUACAGCAUCUGGAAUCAAAAGAAGUAAAGACAUCUACAAUUGAUAAAACACGUGCUGUAGUCAAGGAUCUGCAUUCAAGAAUCAGAGUUGCAAUUCUUAGGAUAGACUCUAUAUCAAAGAGGAUUGAAGAAUUACGGGACAAAGAGCUUCAGCCUCAACUUGAGGAAUUGAUUGAAGGGUUAAGUCGGAUGUGGGAAGUGAUGUUUGAUUGCCAUAAGCUUCAAUUUCAGAUUAUGUCAACAGCAUAUAGCAACAGCCAUGCUAGAAUAACCAAUCACUCCGAAAUACACAGACAAAUUACUUCCUAUCUUGAAAGUGAACUCAAUUAUCUAGCCUCAAGUUUUACAAAGUGGAUUGGAGCACAGAAAUCCUAUCUGGAGGCAAUAAAUGGAUGGCUAAACAAAUGUGUUUCUCUUCAACAAAAAAAAGCCAAGAAGAAGAGGAGGCCCCAACUACCACUCCUGCGAAUUUACGGUCCUCCAAUAUACGCCACCUGUGACAUCUGGUUGGAAAAGCUUGGUGAAUUACCCAUCCAGGAUGUUGUGGAUUCUAUAAAGAGUUUAGCUGGUGAAACUGCUCGGUUCUUGCCACGUCAAGAAAAGAAUCAGGGUAAAGGUGCAAAUCACCCCCGUAUAACAUCUUGGAAUGCUCAUAUAGGUGGCGAAUCAUCAAAUAAUCUACUGAAAGAUGACAAUUUAGAGGACUGGGACUCAGGUUUUGAUCGAUUUCGUGCAAGCUUUCUUAGAUUUCUUGGUCAAUUGAAUAAUUUUUCUGGAUCUUCUGUCAAGAUGUACGCUGAACUUAGACAAGCCAUUCAGAAUUCCAAGAAUUACUAUCAUCAUAGAUCUAAUUCUCAGGCUCAAGAUGAUAAUUCCAAUUCACAAUCUCAAGUUUCCAAGUCUGAAAAGAAAAGCUCAAAACAAUAAGAAAAGAGCUGCAUUAAGCAUGGUGAGGUUGCAGCAUUAUAGGCAUUAUGUUGAACUCAUGAAUGUUGAGUUUCAGAUACAAGUCCAGUGGAUGUGGCAUUUGUACAUGAUAAAAAAGGUAGGAAGAAAAUCUUUACAGGGUGACCAUACUAAUAUGAUAGUUUCAUCUUUUUUAAUACAAAAGGGGUUGGUUACAGGUAAGCUAGACAAAAUAAUUAUUACUAGGUUCUGUUAAAGUGUUAUGUAUGCAAAGAAAAGGAACUUGUAAAGUGUCAUUUUUGUUAACGCAAUGUCAUAUAUAGGACUUUUACUUUAUUUUCUUUACCACAUUUAUAGUAUGCAUAUAUGCAUUAUAGGUUAAGGUUUACUUGAAUUUUAUGAUGGGUUUUUUUGACACAAACGUCCCUUGUUUUUUAUGCAGCUGUUAAGUCAAUAUGACCUUUGGUUUAAUGUAUUGUCUCUGGUUCUGGUUUUUCAAUAAAUGCAGUUCAAGAAAUGCAUUAU